GCAGUUUCAAAACGAACGCGCUCUCGUUCCAUGACUCAUGAUCUCGCGAGCUCUCCGUCUUCACUGCUGUCGGCGUUGGUACUAUUUUGUUAUGGACUGUUUUGAGUUAGUCGCCCACCCCCAGUAAACAAUGGACCGAGCUUCAUAAAGGAUUCAGUGUGUUUCUGCUGGACUUGCCACAGAGAGGAUGUUCCCCUGCCUGGCCCACAGAUCAUGGCAAGUCCUCUGCCGGGUCUCCCUGCAACAACGAGCCCCUUUAUCUCACAGAGCCUCUAAAAUAUUAAAGCCAUGUUUUGUAGGUUGGCAAAGUGGAAGAGGGGUGCGCAAACUCUGGUUUAGCUUCCCCAAUUCCAGAGUCACUUCCUUAACGUGGACAAGGGUUCAGAACUGUUCCACAACAGGCACUGAUAAAGAUGGAUCUCCAGCCGGCCCUGUAGAGCCAAAGCCCACUGAGAAACAACAAGCUGCACAGCCCUCUGCAAAAACAGCUGGUCCCAAACCUCAAGGGCCGAUGAAAGCAGAGAGCAUUCAAGUGAAAGUACGGGCUGUCCUGAAAAAAAGGGAUUAUGGCCCCAAAUACACCAAGAAUAAUUUCAUCACUGCAGUCAGGGCUAUGAACGAGUUCUGCCUCAAACUCAGUGACCUUGAGCAGCUCAGGAAAAUCCGUCGUCGUAGUCCCCAUGAUGACACAGAAGCCUUCACCGUCUUCUUGCGAUCAGAUGUGGAGGCAAAAGCGCUGGAUGUAUGGGGAAGUCAAGAGGCAGUUGCUAGGCAGAGGAAUCUCAAGAAAGAUGUUGAAAGGGAAUACCAGGAAAACAUAUUUAGAAACCAGAUGCUGCUGAAGGAGUACAAAGACUUCUGGGGGAACACGAAGCCUCGGUCUAGGAAGAGAGCGACAUUUCUACAUGGACCUGGAAAAGUGGUGAUGGUGGCUAUGUGCAUAAAUGGACUGAACUUUUUCUUCAAGCUGUUGGCGUGGGUUUAUACAGGAUCUGCCAGUAUGUUUUCAGAAGCCAUCCACUCACUGGCUGAUACCUGCAAUCAAGCACUUCUUGCACUAGGCAUAAGCCAGUCUGUCCGGAACCCAGAUGCCUUCCAUCCGUACGGCUUCUCCAACAUGCGUUACAUCGCCUCUCUCAUCAGCGGAGUCGGCAUCUUCAUGAUGGGUGCUGGCUUGUCCUGGUAUCAUGGCAUUAUGGGACUCCUGCACCCUCAGCCAAUAGAACCACUGCUCUGGGCUUAUUGUAUUUUAGCAGGAUCUCUGGUAUCUGAAGGAGCUACACUAUUGGUGGCCAUUAACGAGAUCAAGAAGAAUGCAAGUAAACAAGGCGUGUCUUUUUAUGAGUACGUGAUGCAAAGUCGAGACCCCAGCACUAACGUGGUCCUGUUGGAGGACGCUGCUGCUGUACUCGGGGUGGUGCUGGCAGCUGGAUGUAUGGGACUAACGUCUCUUACAGGUAACCCCUGCUAUGACAGUCUGGGUUCUCUGGGUGUGGGCACCCUGUUAGGAACCGUGUCUGCAUUCCUCAUCUACACUAACACCGAGGCUCUGUUGGGUCGCUCCAUAAAAGCAGAGGAUGUGCAGAAGCUCACAGAGUUUCUAGAAAAUGACCCUGCUGUCAGGGCGAUUCAUGAUGUCAAAGCCACAGAUAUAGGGCUGAGCAAAGUGCACUUCAAGGCGGAGGUGGACUUUGAUGGGCGGGUGGUGACACGCUCAUACCUGGAGAAGCAAGACAUUGAACAGAUCCUCAAUGAUAUUCAGCAAGUGAAGACGCCAGAGGAGCUGGAGAACUUUAUGUUGAAGCAUGGGGAGAACAUUGUUGACACCUUAGGAGCAGAGGUGGACCGUCUAGAGAAAGAACUUAAGCAACGUAAUCCUGAGGUGCGACAUGUGGAUCUGGAGAUUUUAUAAUGUCAUGACACAUUGCCGAAUAUGGAUCAGGAUGGAGUGGAAGGAAAACUAAUCAAACGUCGAGCGACCAUCAUGAGCCAUUCUCUCCAACCAGCCAAUCAGCUGAGGUUUUAUGCUCCACCCAUCGCACAUCAGCCAAGCACUAACCUGUGCAUGGUUUCAGUAGCUGUUGAAAUAAGAACCAUAGCCAAUAAAGAGAGGACACCAACUGGACAUGGUUAUGAUUAGAGCUGCACGAUUAAUUGUUAAAAGAUCGCGAUUUCAUUUCUAAAAGACAACGAUUCCCCAAGUCUGUUAAACCUUUGAAAAAGUCUUACUGAAUAAUUAAAAUCUGUGUUUGCACUGCCGCUUACACAGAGAGAGCACUUACCAUGUUUGUUUAAGAAACACCUUCACACACUGUCUUUUCAACUACACAGUAUUAUUUCUGUCUUACGGUACAGUCAAAGAAAUACUGGGGUGGAAGUUUAUAGUUCAGAUAUAAUCAAAAUAGAACAAAUCCCCUUUUGAAGAACAAGGUAUACUUCAUACCGAGUUUGUUUUCAUUCUUCGUUCGGGGGGCAAAAAGAAGUUUGAAAAGGCUGAGCGACGGUAUACUGUUUUCGAACAUUCUGACACCCCCAUGCUGUCAAGUAUCACGUCUGCAGUAAAAAAGAACCAUAAUCAGUCCUUUAUGGGAAGUGUGAAUGUCAUUGAAUCAUCGGGUCAAACAACUUUUUCAAUUUUAAUAUUAAAAAUGGGUGUAUUAAAUAUAUUAUAUAUAUACACUACCAGUCAAAAGUUUUUGAACUGUAAAAUGUGUAAUGUUUUUUAAAGAAGUCUCUUUUGCUCAUCAAGCCUGCAUUUAUUUGAUCCAAAGUACAGCAAGAACAGUAAAAUUUUAUACAAUUUAAAAUAACUGAUUUCUAUUUUAAUGUACUUUAAAAUGGAAUUUGUUCCUGUGAUUUCGGUGCUAAAUUUUUAGCAUCAUUACUCAAUGAUCCUAAAUCAAUACAUUUAUUAUUAUUAUCAAGCGUUUUAAAUAUUUAUAAUGAUAAUAAUAAUAAUAAUAAUAAAAAUGUUUCUUGAAACAGCAAAUCAACAUAUUAUGAUGAUUUCUUAAGGAUUGUAUGACCCUGAAGACUGGAGUAAUGAUGCUGAAAAUUAAGUUUUGAAAACAGUUUUGAAUAAAUUAAAUUUUAAAAUAUAUUCCAAUAGAAAUCAGUUAUUUUAAAUUGUAAAAAUAUUUCAUAAUAUUUCGACUUUUGCUGUAUUUUGGAUCAAAUAAAUGCAGGCUUGGUGAGCAGAAGAUAAUUCUUAUUAAAAAAAAAAACUUUAGAACUGGUAGUGUAUAUUAAAAUUUUUAAUAAUUCAUUCAAAAUAAUUAAACGCUUUUAAAUAGACUGCAGCAAUAUUUUUUUUUGUUCAGAAUCGUGGGAGAAUCGUGAACUCUAUUUGAGACAAGAAAAUUAAUGACUCUCAACUUAUCCAGAAUCGUGCAGCACUAAUUAUGAUAAAUGAUUAUUUUACAAUCAUUGGCUUUUAGAUCUGUGGUAUUUCAUACCAUUGGAGCUUUGAAAUCAGGUCCAUUGAAUGCAAAAGGACCAGUCUUAUUUCAUCUUACAGUUUGCAUGCAAAGCAGCAUAAACAUUAAUAUUUUACAACAGUUCCCGCAGUAACACCAGGAUAUAACCAAAAAUAGUUAACUUGAAGAGUAAAGCAUCUAUUCUGCUAGAUGAAAGUGGUUUAAAUGGUUUAAAUUGUAUGUAAAAAAAAAGUUUCCCAUGUUACUCCACUGUUUUUUUUAAAUGCACUGAGAUGAUGGCGUUCAAACAAUGCCAUUGACAUUGAAUGCAGCAAGCUGAUUUAUUGAUUAUUCAUGAGUGAGUUACAAAAAUGAACAGCAAUUGAAAUCUCUCUCUCUCUCUCUCUCUCUAAUAUAAUAUAUAUUUAUUUAUUUUAUUUUGUUCUUUAAAGGUCCAGGUAAAUUGGUUAAAAAAAAACAUUCAGUUUAUUUUAUAAUUACCACUUAUUUAAAAUAGAUUAAAAUAGUGCUAAAAACAGAGUAAAGAAGUGUGUUCCAAACUAUAUCCACAUUUAUCAGUAAUGAGAGAACUAUAGAAUCAAAUUUAGUACAACAGGUAUCCAUGGCCCACCUCAGACCCCUCAACUGAUGAAGACUACUCAGAUCUUCACAUCCUUCUAUGGAAAGAGUACUGAUGUCAUUAUACUGCUUUUGGGACUGUUCAUCCGUUUACGCUGUAAUUUUGUGUGACUAAAUGUAAGCAAUUGUAAAUGUCCAAAAACAGCUCUGUGUUUCUAAAGUUGACAGCCUAGUUUGUGAACACUAACCCAAGUGCCCCCCUGCCUUUUGUAAAUAAUUAUUGACUGUGAAAAUGCAAUAUUAUGAUUUUGAUAUCUGAAAAGAAGCAUUCAGUCCAUUGAAGUUCCCUCUCGAGCUUUCAUGAGACAUCACUGAGAUAUUUCACUGUUAUGGGAACUCCUUCCCUUCCAACCUUUCCUGAAGUCCUAUUCCACCCUCCUUCCAACAUUGCAGAGUGUGUGUCCUUCAGCCAGGAGGAGUGGGAUGACACAAUGUCCAUCUCGGCCUCUGAGAGGGCGAAGUCUGAUCAGCUUGGGUUCCCCAGGGUUUCUGUCAAGGGCUGUCCAGAAGUUGGAUGUUUCUCUACGUUGCUUUUUGCGUAACUCCGUGUCGUCGACACCAAGCUUCGUUGCAUUUUCUUUCUAGGAAUUAAAUGCUUUCUCUGAAUCUUAAAAGUCUCUCCGCGAGUGAUCGUACAGGUGCAUAUAUAUCUGUGCCAGCACAGCUAUUCGACACUCCAGUGUAUUCAUGUUGCUAGUGACUAGGCCGGAGAUAUUGUUCUCUCUUACCUGACCUCCAAUGAAAUGAGAAACAAACACUGAUUGUGUUACCGCCACAGACCAAUGGAAACUCAAAGGUGUUUAGGAGCCAAAACGAACUCCCCCAGAAAGUUGGGGAAAUUGCCGAAACAAACUCAAAACGAACAUCGUUUUGGCCUGAUUUGUUUAAAAUGACGUUAUAUUAGCUCGUUCUUCAUUUUUGUUUGAAGUAUAUUGGGGCCUUCAAUUAUUAUCUACCCGCAGAGUCCAGACUGUUUCACUCUCUGCCCCGACUUCUGAGUCAUCGACCUCGACUUCGGUGUGCCCUGUCAGGGCUCUGAGGAUUUACAUUGCUUUCUGCAAUCUGGCCAGCUUUUCAUGUGCUACGGUGCUUGUGCGAGGACGGGCUGUGUCAAAACAGAGACUUUCCCACUGGAUUGUGGACGCUAUCACGGCUGCUUAUACGAGCCAAGGUUUGGAAUGCCCUUUUCACAUUAGGGCCCACUUAACAACAGCUAUUGCCUCCUCCCUACUUUGUGUCAAUUGGCCAGUCAUUUGGACUGGCAUAAGCCAAUAGGACUUUAGGAAAGGUUGGAAGGGAAGGAGUUCCCAUAACGGAGAAAUAUCUCUAUGAUGUCUCAUUCCCGCUCUAAGGGAACCGAGGUUACGAUAGUACACAUGCAAACAGAAUAUUUAAUGGUAGUUACUGUACAUGCUCUCUUGUGUCUAACCUUUUCAAUGUUUUUAAACAUUGUAAUUUAAUCAAAGCUUCAAGAUUUUCUCUUAGGAACAGUCAGACAGCGAUGAAGUAAAAAAAAAAAAAGUUUUGUAAAAGGCUUUAAGAUUAUAUAUAUUUUUAAAUAUGUUUAUUUGACAGAUUGUUGUUUGGGUAGAUAUUUGAGCUGUUUGGAGCUACUGAAAAAAAAUGAAUAAAUUGCAAUUAAUUUAUGAAA